AUGAAUCUUAGCUUAGGGUUUUUACAGAGAACUGGGAGAGAUGGAGUUCGAGAAGAGGAAAGCUGCGACGCUAACGUCACCGACAAAUCUCCCAAAGGUCGAAUCUCUAUCCUUUCUCAACCCAAACCGCAAUUAAAUGCUUCAACGAAGAAGAACGCUCGCGGCGGUACCUGGCUCGACAUCACGCAUGACCCAGCCGAUCCAGAGUCAGUCAUUUCUCUCCUUUUCCCUUCACAGUCAACUCUGAUUGACCAUCCCAGCGAGUUAGUCUUCCGAUUCGAGCCGUUGAUCAUUGCAAUGGAAUGCAAGGAUUGCAUCAUUUUGUUUCCGGUCGCGUCUUUUCACAUCUAUUGGAUAAGAUUUCUCGGGCAACAGAAAGGAAGCAGUUUUGGGAUUUCUGAGAAGAAUGCCGCUGAAGCCAUCGGAAACGGCUCUCUCCGCACUUCUCUACCUCCUGCCUCACCAUUCUUCCGAUCUUCUCUCUCAAGGCGAUCUCCCUCUUUAAAUCCUAAAACCUGGAAUCCUCAUCGUUGUUGCCACGAGCAACCGUACACAAGGCAAGUCCUCAAAACCUCAUUAGUAGCAGUACAUGCAGCUUCUCCGAGGACUAGUGCAAAAACAGAACCGAAUCAGCGAACUACUCGACCACCGGCGGCACGGGAACCUCUACGGACAGCAAGAGAAGCCGCAUCUAGCCACCAAACUCGAGCUGUGAAGCCACAAGAAUAG